GCACAGCCCGUGGCCUCCUUCCCGGCCGGCCGCGCUCCGGAGCCGCCGGGCCGCGGCGGAGCGAGGGCCCGGGCGAGGCGAGGGCCGGGCGGCGGGCGCCGGGCCCCGCGGCCGGCACGACGGAGCCCCCGCACGGCCGGCGGCAGCGGUUGGCGGCGGCCCCGGGCCCCCGGCGCGGGAAGCGGCGGCGGGGCUGCGGCGGCGGCGGCGGCGGCGGCGGCGACAGCGCCAUGGAGCCGCGGGAGGUGAAGGACCGGAUCCUGGAGAACAUCUCGCUGUCGGUGAAGAAGUUGCAGAGCUACUUUGCUGCGUGUGAGGACGAGACCCCUGCCAUCCGGAAUCACGACAAGGUCCUGCAGCGUCUGUGUGAGCACCUGGACCACGCCCUGCUGUACGGCCUGCAAGACCUCUCCUCUGGCUACUGGGUGCUCGUGGUGCAUUUCACCCGGAGAGAGGCCAUCAAGCAGAUCGAGGUUCUGCAGCAUGUGGCCACCAACCUCGGGCGCAGCCGGGCCUGGCUGUACCUGGCCCUCAACGAGAACUCCCUGGAGAGCUACCUGCGGCUGUUCCAGGAGAACCUGGGUCUGCUGCAUAAGUACUACGUCAAGAACGCCCUGGUCUGCAGUCACGAUCACCUGACACUGUUUCUGACCUUGGUGUCCGGGCUGGAGUUCAUUCGAUUCGACCUGGAUCUGGACGCCCCCUACCUAGACCUGGCCCCCUACAUGCCCGACUACUACAAACCUCAGUACCUGCUGGACUUUGAAGACCGCCUUCCCAGCUCGGUCCACGGCUCAGACAGCCUGUCCCUCAACUCCUUCAACUCCGUCACCUCCACCAACCUGGAGUGGGAUGACAGUGCAAUUGCCCCAUCUAGUGAGGAUUAUGAUUUUGGAGAUGUGUUUCCAGCAGUGCCGUCUGUACCCAGCACAGACUGGGAAGACGGAGAUCUCACGGACACCAUCAGCGGCCCCCGCUCCACCGCCUCAGACCUGGCCAGCAGCAAGGCUUCCACCCGCAGCCCCCCCCAGCGCCACAACCCCUUCAACCAGGAGCAAGCAGAGGUCAUUUCCUCCUCCGAUACCACCCCUGUGCACACCACCCCUCCGGAGAAGGAGGAGUCCCGGGCCCUGGACCUGCCAGAUGCCUGCACGGAUCUCGAGGUCAUCAGGGUCACCAAGAAGAAGAAAGGCAAGAAGAAGAAGACCAGAUUGGAUGAGGAAGCAAGUCCACUUCACCCAACCUCUGGCCCGCAGAAGUGUGCCAAGCAGGGGGAUGAUGACAGCCUCGUCGGCAGCUCAGGCCUUGGGCGGGACUCACCAGACACCACACUUGCCUCCCCCCAGGAGGAGGGAGAGGGCCCGAGCCGCACAGCUGAGAGCAGCGAGCGCUCUGAGCUCGGCCACGUGGGCUUGCUGAUCCCUGAAAUGAAGGACACUUCCAUGGAGCGCCUGGGACAGCCCCUGAGCAAGGUCAUUGACCAGCUCAAUGGGCAGCUGGACCCCAGCACCUGGUGUUCUCACGUUGAGCCCCCUGACCAGUCCUUUCGGACCGGCUCUCCCGGGGCUACCCCGGAGAGGCCGCCAUUUUGCGACUUUAGUGAGGGGCUUUCAGCCCCAGUGGACUUCUACCGCUUUACCAUCGAGAGUCCAAGCACUGUUACAUCAGGUGGCAGCAACCAUGACCCUGCAGGGCUUGGCCAACCGCUGUAUGUUCCUAGUAGCCCUGAGGCUACUGGCCAAGAAGAAGAGGGAGGAGGAGGAGAGGGACAGACGCCUGGGCCCCUAGAGGACACCAUGGGGGAGACUCAGGACCUGGAGGCCCACGAGGUAGAGUCCCAGCUGUCCCUGGUCAGGGAGGGGCCUGUGCCCGAGCUGGAGCCUGGGACCCAGGAGGCUCUUUGCCGGCUCAAGCGAGACCAGCCCAGCCCCUGUCUGAGCAGCGCCGAGGACUCUGGGGUGGAUGAGGGGCAGGGAAGCCCUUCUGAGAUGAUCCAUUCGUCAGAGUUCAGGGUGGACAACAAUCACCUGCUCCUACUGAUGAUCCACGUGUUUCGAGAAAAUGAAGAGCAGCUGUUCAAAAUGAUCCGGAUGAGCACCGGGCACAUGGAGGGCAACCUGCAGCUGCUGUACGUGCUGCUCACGGACUGCUGUGUCUACCUGCUCCGGAAAGGGGCCACAGAGAAGCCAUACCUGGUGGAGGAGGCCGUUUCUUACAAUGAACUUGACUAUGUGUCGGUCGGCCUCGACCAGCAGACAGUGAAGCUGGUGUGCACCAACCGCAGGAAGCAGUUUCUGCUGGACACAGCCGACGUGGCCCUGGCUGAGUUCUUUCUGGCUUCUUUGAAGUCAGCCAUGAUCAAAGGCUGUCGGGAACCACCCUACCCCAGUAUCCUGACGGAUGCCACUAUGGAGAAGCUGGCACUGGCCAAAUUUGUGGCCCAAGAAUCUAAGUGUGAGGCAUCCGCUGUUACUGUGCACUUCUACGGGCUUGUGCACUGGGAGGACCCCCUGGAUGAGUCCCUGGGCCCUGUCCCCUGCCACUGCUCUCCCCCCGAGAACACCAUCACCAAAGAAGGCAUGCUGCACUACAAGGCGGGCACCUCCUACCUGGGCAAGGAACACUGGAAGACUUGCUUCGUGGUGCUCAGCAACGGGAUCCUCUACCAGUACCCCGACCGCACGGAUGUCAUCCCUCUGCUCUCGGUGAAUAUGGGGGGGGAGCAGUGCGGUGGCUGCCGGAGAUCCAACACCACGGACCGGCCCCACGCCUUCCAGGUCAUUCUCGCCGACCGGCCCUGCCUAGAGCUGAGUGCCGAGAGUGAGGCCGAGAUGGCCGACUGGAUGCAGCACCUCUGCCAGGCCGUGUCCAAAGGGGUCAUCCCCCAGGGGGUGGCUCCCAGCCCCUGCAUCCCCUGCUGCCUGGUCCUCACCGAUGACCGAAUCUUCACCUGCCACGAGGAUUGCCAGACCAGCUUCUUCCGCUCCCUGGGCACAGCCAAGCUGUCCGACAUCAGCACCGUCUCCACCGAGCCGGGCAAGGAGUACUGUGUCUUGGAGUUCUCCCAGGACAGCCAGCAGCAACUCCCACCCUGGGUCAUCUACCUGAGCUGCACUUCUGAACUGGACCGAUUUCUGUCUGCACUGAAUUCUGGGUGGAAAACCAUCUACCAGGUGGACCUGCCCCACAAGGCCCUCCAGGAAGCCUCCAACAAGAAGAAAUUUGAGGAUGCCCUGAGCCUCAUCCACAGCGCCUGGCAGCGAAGCGACAGCCUGUGCCGCGGCCGAGCCUCCCGGGACCCCUGGUGCUGAGGCGGAGCUGGUUGGCACCCCCGGUGGGGCGGGAAAGGGAGCACACGUGCCAGCAGGCACACUACGGUGGCCAUGUCAUCGUGCUGCUGGGAGCUACAGCACACUCUUGCCCCAGGUGGCAGAACCACCAGUGUGGCUUAAGACAGGGUCUCUUCACUCCCAGGGAUCCAGAUGGGUACCCAGCCCCCCUGGGCAUCCUGCCUGGCAGGGAGCAACUGGAGAUCACCGGGGCAGAGGGUCCGAGCCCUGUGGGCUCUGCAGACUCGCCCUCCUCCCUGGGCCUCCGCCCCAGCGUGCACCAUCUCUUCAGAAUGGCGACGAGAAGAAUCUAGAUCUAAGGGAGUUCCUCUUCCUCUCCUGGGUCAGGGCCAGGACAGAGGCUCAGGGCUGCCUGGGGUCCCUGAGUGCCCAGCCACCCCUGUUCGUUUUUGAACACUCUCCUGGCCGUGCCGGAACACCAGGUGCCUGUGCAUGUUUCCUCCUAACUCCAUCCCCACGCACAGGUGCCCGUCUCUCCAGCCCGGGCCGGGCCGGCGGGUGUUCCUCCCGGCUGCCAGGAGGCCCUGCAUGCCCAGGCCCUGCCCUGGCCCUCCCCCAGCCCACAGUGCCGCAGCACCCAGGAGCAGAGGUGGGGAGGAGGGGCUUGGAGAGGAGCAGAGCCCACCAGCCUGGUGUCCGGCUGACAUCUGACUGUCCCCUGCUUGGCUGGAGCCAGGCCUUUCCCAAGAGCUUUGUCAAGAGCCCUCAGGAUGGGGUCAGGUGGUUUGGGUUUUGUUUUUUAAAAUAAAAUAGACACGUUAUAUUGCCAA